AUGUCCUCGCCUUUCGCCAUCAACGGCGGCGCCUGCGUGGCAAUGGUGGGCAAGGACUGCGUGGCCAUCGCAUGUGACCUGCGACUCGGUCUGCAAGCACUCACAGUCAGCAACAACUUCCCCAAGAUCUUUCCCUACGGCACAAGCACCUACCUCGGCCUCACGGGUCUGGCAACGGAUGUCAGCACUGUCUCGGAGCUGUUCAGAUACAAGGUCAACAUGUACCGUCUGCGCGAGGAGCGCGACAUCAGCCCUCAGACAUUUGCCAACCUCGUCAGUUCGAGCUUGUACGAGCGUCGCUUUGGACCAUGGUUUGUGAGUCCCGUUGUCGCGGGUAUCAAUGGCACGACAGGGAAGCCUUUCAUCUGCGGCUUCGACAGCAUCGGCUGCAUCGACUUCGCCAAGGACUUCAUCGUCUCUGGUACCGCCUCCGACCAACUCUUCGGUACCUGUGAGGGUCUCUGGGAGCCUGAUCUUGGCCCCGAGGAUCUCUUCGAAACCAUUUCCCAAGCGCUUCUCAACGCCGUCGAUCGUGACGCCCUUUCCGGGUGGGGAGCUCAUGUGUACAUCAUCGAAAAGGACAAGGUUACCAAGCGUCUAUUGAAGGGACGACAGGAUUAG